CGGUUUGACUGACGAGGUGCAUAAGUCAGACAAAAAAUCAGGCUGGACCAUCAUGACAUCUCCAUUGAAGAACUUGGAUCGGCAAAAUAACUAUUGGCCUUGUUUCAAUUCAGCUCUAUCGGAGAGUAUAUUUUCCAUAAUAGUAGUCGUGAUCAACUAGGUGGAUACUCUAGACCACCUGUAGUUCUCCUUUUUAUCUCCAUAUCCCAAUCUGACCACGUGAUAUAGAAGGUACAGAGAGUACAAACCGUGGCGCAGACCACGAACAACUCUAUUCACAAUUCACGCCGUACGCAGUACUUCAUUCCUUUAGUCUCCCACUCGAUUCUGUUAUCAUGGGCGUUUGAUCAAGAUGCCCAGGACAAGGCCACCCACAACGGGGUAUGCUCGUCUCGCCCAAGCCGAGGACUCCACGGACGAGGAGGACGAGAACUACCAACAAUCCCUACAACCCGCUGAAUCUCGUCGAUAUGCUUCUAUCAAACCUCCCCGGCCGAAUGCUGGCAUGUACGCCGAAGGAAGCAACGCCCAGCAACGAUCCAGUCGAACCCGACACCGGGGCCUGAGCAACUCAUCCGGCGUCGACAUUAAGGCGAUUAAUGCGCGCCUGGAACGAUGGGCGGACGAGAUUGCGUCGAAAUUCAAGAUCGGGAAGGUCAAGGGAAAGAGCGACGAAGAGGAGCGCUUGGAGAUACACCAUUCGGUUUUCCAGGCACCAGACUGGAUACGACCGGCUACCUCAGAGCAACUGGCAGCAGUCGGACAAGGCCAGAUGACCGCCGAACAAUUCGAGGCCACAGUGGAGAGCGUCAGGGUGGCUAUCGAACAAGGUGUACACCCAAAGAUGAUAUCACAGGGUAGCUCUGGUAGCUACUUCGCGCGCAAUUGCGAAGGGAAAGUGGUUGGAGUUUUCAAGCCAAAAGACGAAGAGCCAUACGCCGCUGGAAACCCCAAAUGGAACAAGUGGAUACAUCGAAACCUGUUUCCAUGUUUCUUUGGGCGGGCUUGCCUCAUUCCGAACCUGAGCUACGUUUCCGAGGCGGCAGCUUAUACACUCGAUUGCAGGCUGGAAACAAAUCUAGUCCCAUAUACCGACAUCGUUCACCUCUCCUCCAAAUCCUUCCACUACGACUUUUGGGCGCGGCGCAACUUCUACAGGAAGAAAAAACCUUUCCCGAUGAAGCCGGGGAGUUUCCAGGUUUUCCUACAGGGUUUCUCUGACGCUACAAUAUUUCUGCGGAAACACCCCUGGCCAGACCAGUUAAAUGGAGGGUUUAGGGUCAGCGAUGCUCCACGGAAAAAGAGGCCGUGGAAUGAUCCAUGCCGCCCAAGUGGCGCUGCGUCAGAUGACGAAGAUGACGGAAUACCAAACGCUUCUACAGCGGAAGAAGCGGAGCAGAGGAAAUUCUUUUGGACAGAGAAAUUACAGACAGCUUUCCGAGAAGAGCUUGAGAAGUUGGUGAUAUUGGAUUACAUUAUGCGCAAUACGGAUAGAGGUUUGGACAACUGGAUGAUCAAGGUGGAUUGGGAGAACGAGUCCGUUUCUAUUGUAUCAGACCCACCAAGCAUGCCUUCUGGAGAAGACACGCCAACUGCUCAAGCUCGCCCAUACCGGCAGCAGGAGCCUAUGUAUCCUGGAAGAUCCGGAAGAGGAAGUCCUGGCAAGGAACCAGAGCCAAGUAUGAGUAUCGGUGCAAUCGAUAACAGUCUGUCGUGGCCCUGGAAACACCCAGAUGCGUGGCGAAGCUUUCCGUACGGCUGGCUCUUCCUGCCUGUAUCACUUAUUGGGCAGCCCUUCUCACAAAAAACCCGCGAGCACUUUUUACCUUUACUUACGUCGAAGCUAUGGUGGACCGAAACUCAACUUGCUCUACGAAAAGUUUUCAGCCAAGAUGUUGAUUUUCAAGAGCGAAUGUUUGCGAGGCAGAUUUCGGUUAUGAAAGGUCAGGCAUGGAAUGUGGUGGAGACGCUCAAGACUAGCGAUCAUGGACCUUUGGAGCUUACACGCAGGGCACGUGUCUGUGUCUGGGAUGACCUGGUUGAUAUUCCAGUUGCUGUCCCAAUGAGAGCGCCAUCGCUUGACAUGCGCCGCCGUCAACGCGAGGCAGAAUUAAGUGACGAGGCUGGAGAGGAGAUGGAUAUAAGCGUAGCCAACGCAUCUGCGCCUGCAGACCUAAUACGCUUUGGCAGCCCGCCUGCGGAACUGCCAAAUCCUAACAGGUUCGAACUUUCGCCUCGACCUAGCGAGGACAACGCGAAGCUCUUCUCCCCAAUGUCGCCUAGAUCGGAUGUGGCUUCACCAGAGGGAGCCGCAUCUCGUCCCAGCGGUGAUCAAGGAGGACCUAGCCGGCCGCUAAUGGGCCGCUCGUCAACUCAGUUUAGCAGGCAUGUUCCCCAGCAUCCACUAUCACAGGUGCAUCGCAAGGAGCAGAGAAAAUCAUCCUUCUCGAGUUGGGGUGAUAGUCACGGACAAUUAAUGAACGACAAUGAUGAUUUGGAAGGAGAUCUUGGGUAUGCUGCGGCUGAAGACAUGGAACACAAUCAGCGGAAGGUGAUUGUGGAACGAUUGGAAACUGUCAAGAGCAAGAACCCGGUCUUUACGUGGUGUUAGAGAUACGAAGUACUGUAUUAAUAAGUGGGAGUAAAAUAUACCAGCUGGGGCAUGUAGGCAUUCAGCGGGCGUGGUGGUUCUGAGGAUUGGUCACCCUGGCUCGGGAUUUGUAAUUUGGGCCAAAAAUGGCGUUUGUAUUUGUACCACUACUAUACCACCGGAAUUCCGAGAAUAAGAUGAGAAACGUCAGACCCUAUUGACAGUGUAAUGAAAAUUGAAAUGUGCAUCAUAAAUCUACCGUUGAUAGGCUGAUAAUACGAAAUAUAUAUUAUGG